CCGUGCCCCCAGGUGCGGCGGCUAGGGCGCCACCGAGAAGGCGCUCGAAGGCUUCAUGAGCUUCAGUCACGGUGCACGACUUCAAUCCAUCAGAGCCCUCUCCACGCGCAGGGAUUGUUGGGUGUAUGUUCCGGGAGAAGGCCAAUGCCAGUUUGAAGCGAAGCGAUUACCAGGCUUGCAGGUUUGAGUAUUCGUCCGAAUCAAUGACGGUUACAGGUGUGCGAAUAUGUCCCGCUGGGGGGGCGGCUUCGUGCUGAUCCUCGACCUCCCAGAGACUGGCAUCGUCAACAGCUCCGCGUCCCUCGCGGGCCUCCUCUGCCUGCUCGGGCCCCUCCUCAGAGAGCCGAUGGCCACGCGCGAGAAGAAGAUUCAGGGCGACAUCGACGACGCCAUCGCCAAGCUCAACGAGGCGACCAGCCGCUUGGCAGAGGCGGAGAGGGCCCAGGCGCGGGCCACCGAGGUGAUCGCGGAGAUCAACGCGAGCAUCGACAAGCAAAAGGCCGAGUUCGAGGCCUCCCUGAAGGACGGCAUGGAGAACGCGGGCUCCCUCCGGGAAGCGGUCACCAAGCAGACCAUCGAGGACAUGAAGGAUGGUGCGGCAAGCCGCAUCGCGUCCUGCAUCAGCACCACGGCGAUCGAGCGCGGGACGAAGGAGCUGAGGACUGUGGACGCCAUCCACUAGGGUCAGCACCUUAACAUGGCGAUCGAUGAGCUGUGGGUUGCGGCAGGCCGUGGGCCGAAGAUGCCCACCACCAGCACGUGCAUCUUGCUCCAAGCAGCCGCUGCAUUCUCCCCCCUUCUCCCUUUGUUUUGUUUUGUUUUCUUGUAGGAUCCAGCCUCGAGCCCAGGAGCUGCUUCGGACCUGGAUCGAGAAGAGCUCUGCAGCGCAGCGUGGCGUCUUUGCGCAAUUGGCCUGCCAGCCAUGCACCUCCUCCUCCUCCUCCACCUGGCAGUUGUGUUGCUCUAGGCCUGGAGCAGCGGCCCCGACGGCGAG